AUGGGAUUCCGUCAGGCAGCUCUCUUAGGCAGCAUAUGCUUCUUCUUAGGCAUACUGUUCAUAAACUUUAACGUCGACCACCAAGUACUCUUUCUGCCAAAGAACGACACGGCAGUACAACAAGGGUAUGCCUACUACACGACUUUCCUACGUGCGCCGUUAGCCGUCAAGGCACUCAUGCACACCCUUAUGGGCGUAGGGCUCCUCAGUCUCGUGGCGAACUUUACGACCUGGACAGAGAGUGCGAUGUUCUUCGACGGGACAUCAAUCGCACUCUACGUCUGCUCAUUAGCGAUGUACAUCUCCGUUGCGAUCCCUUCUAUCCGGACUGUCGUCGACCCCCUACCCGAAGACACCCCACAAGACAGGGAAGACGCGCUCGGCGUGCUGGGCGCUGCGAACGUCAUAAUCGCCUUGCUGCUAUUUGGGAUCCUGGGUCUGCAGGGGGGGAUGGAGUAUGCGAAAGCGCUGGAA